GUGCGUCUAUAUUAGGCUUAUGCAUAUUGGGAGAUGAACAGAUUCUAGUUUAUGAGUAUAUGCCAAACAACAGCUUGGUCUUCGUUCUGUUUGAUUCUGAAAGAAAGAGUGUCCUCGAUUGGAGGAAGCGAUUUAACAUCAUUGAUGGAAUCGCGCAAGGACUUCUCUACCUCCACAAAUACUCCAGAUUAAGAGUCAUCCACCGAGACUUAAAGGCAAGCAACAUCUUGCUUGAUGAUGAUAUGAACCCAAAGAUAUCGGAUUUCAGCAUGGCUAGGAUAUUAUGUCUCAGUGAAUCUGAAGCAAACACCAAGCGUGUUGUUGGAACCUAUGGCUACAUGGCUCCAGAGUAUGCUAUGCAUGGUGUCGUCUCAACUAAAAUUGACGUGUUCAGCCUUGGUGUCUUGCUUCUGGAAAUUGUGAGUGGCAGGAAAAACAAUGGAUUUUAUCAUCCUGAAGAACCAAUCACCCUCAUUGGAUAUGCAUGGCAGCUCUGGAAAGAAGGCCAGGGACUACAGCUUCUGGACCAAACACUGGGAGAUUGCAACACCCAUAACGUACUGAGAUGCAUUCAUAUUGGUCUAUUGUGUGUUCAAGAUCAACCCACAGAUAGGCCUACUAUGUCUGAUGUUGUGGCCAUGCUGUCCAAUGAGACGUUGGAGCUUCCCGACCCAAAGCAGCCUGCAUUUUUCGCGAGUGCAGUGGUGGAGGAGAUUGACGGUUUGGAGCUCAACGACCAGAAUUGUUCCAGAAACACUGUGACCAUUACUGUAAUGCAGGCAAGAUAGAUAAUGAUAGAUACUUAUGAACUUGCUCAUUUCUUUUGUUGUCGUGUUGCUUUUAUGAGUUGUUGAAAUCAACGACUAGAAUGGUCUCGUAAACAAUGUUGCAACCUCUAUAAUGGAGGCAAGAUAGAUAGAUAGAUAGAUAGAUAGAUAGAUAGAUAGAUAGAUAGAUAGACACACGUAGCAGAGCAGUCUUGAAGCUUAUCAGGUCACUUUGGUGGCCAUAAAACACAUGCCAGCGACUUGUGUGUUUUUGCAAUUUUACAAUUCUACUGCUAAGAUCUACAAUAAAAUGUUACCUUCAUU